CAUUCCCCAAAUUUUCCCACAUCUUCCACACAUGGCUGAAGGCGAGAUUUGUCUCCCAGAGCAUGCUUAUUACUGUUUCGAUGUGUUGCAAGCUCAUCUCACCAACUCACCUCUACCCUCACCCCCCUUUCCCGAUGCGAAGUACCCACUCUUCGUAACGUGGAAUGUGCGUUCCAGCAAACCAGGCGGUCACUCAAAGCUGAGGGGGUGCAUUGGGAACUUUGGAGAUCAGGAUCUUGGGAAGGGUUUGGCGGAAUACGCUCUCAUUAGUGCCCUAGAGGAUCAUAGAUUCAAUCCAAUCCAGGAGAAGGAGCUUCCGAAGCUCGAAUGCUCUGUCUCCCUCUUAACUGAUUUUGAAGAUGCCUCUAAUUAUCUAGACUGGACGAUUGGCGUUCAUGGGAUAUACAUCUCUUUUGAGAACCCAUAUAUUAGAGACUCAUCGUUUCGGAACGUUUUCUCCCGGAGAAGGACAUAUUCAAGGAACACAAUGACUGCGACAUACCUACCAGAGGUUAUACCUGAACAAGGAUGGGAUAAAGUGGAAGCUAUCGAAGGUGCAAUGCGUAAAGCGGGGUGGGAUGGUGACAUUGACGAACAGCUAAGACAAAGCGUCCGGCUGCGUCGGUAUCGGAGCCGGAAGAUUACGGUGUCUUGGGGAGAAUACCAGGCAUGGAAGGAGAGUCAAAUAACUAGCACUACUAGUGGGACAGACACUCCAAACCAGUCCGAAUAAGGACUCGAGCCUGAGCUACGAUUUUAAGGUGUAAACUUUCCAUGAGUUUUAGAGUGUAAUGUUCUGUGUAGUAAAUAUUAUUCUGAAUGAUUUGUCAAACUCACAUCUUG